AUGACGCGAUUCCUUCCUCAUAGCGUCCCAGUUCAAGGACCCCCUUUGAUCAGUGACAAGCAGGACUCUGAGCCAUGGAGUUUCUCUGCUCGGGAAUUCCACAACAUCACUCCUCCAAGCGAAACGACUAUCAAGAAAGAAUCUUUCCACCAUGCUAUCUCCGAGUCGAUCGAUACAAACACGGAGCCUCUCGUGGCUGUAAUUGGAGUUGGCUAUGUCGGCGAGCAUCUCAUUGGCAUCUUUUCCAGGAGCUAUAAUGUGCUAGGAUACGAUAUAUCGGUGGCUCGGACCCAGCAAUUAGCCCAAAAGCAGCCCACCGGCAGCAGAGUGAGGUUCACGUCAAUGGCCUCUGAUAUUGCGGAUGCCACUCACUUCUUAGUCUCGGUGCCAACCCUAUUGCUUGCCGAUAAGGCCAUCGACUCGUCAUACCUUCGAAGUGCGCUUUCAGCCGUCGGCCUCUAUGCCCGUCCCGGCGCGGUUGUUGUGAUUGAGAGUUCCGUGGCAGUUGGCAUGACAAGGGAGAUCCUUGGCCCUCUCGCCAAACAACGAGGUUUCUUUGCGGGCAUGUCGCCAGAGCGCGUUGACCCUGGCCGUAUCGAGCCCCCAGCACACCUGAUUCCUAAAAUCGUCUCCGGCCUCGACGAUAUAGUACCUGGCUCACUCGACGCUAUUACACGAUUCUACUCGCAAAGUUUUGACCAAGUCGUGCCUGUCUCACGACCAGAAGUCGCUGAGAUGAUGAAACUCUAUGAGAACUGCCAGCGUAUGGUCGGUAUAGCCUACGCUAACGAGAUGGCUGAUGCUUGCCUUGGGCACAAUAUCGACCCCUACGAGGUGUGUCGAGCCGCAUCCACCAAGCCGUUCGGCUACCAGCCUUUUUCACCCGGGCUAGGCGUUGGAGGACACUGUAUCCCAGUCAACCCAUGGUAUCUGCUCUCUAAUAGCAGCUUCCCACUGCUCCAGGCAGCGGCCGAGAAGAUGCACGCUCGCCCUAGGGUCAUCGCUCAGCGCGCUGUCGAGCGCCUAUGCAGAGAGACACCGGACGGAAUGCGACCUCGAGUCCUUGUCGUUGGUAUUGGCUUCAAGCGAGGGCAGUCGCAUCUUGCCAACUCUCCCGGACUUGAACUGGCCAACAGUCUGUUGUCGACAAACAAGGUUGACGUUACCUGGGCUGAUCCGCUAGUCCCGCAAGAGGCUGUGCCUCAUAUCGCGCGAUUCCCUGAGGGCGAUUGGAGGGUGGAGAUGUUGGACCAUUUUGCCAUGAUCAUCGUCGCUUUUCAUCAAGAAGGCCUUGACUUUGACAUGUUGGAUCGCAUUCAUGGCGUGCACGUUGAGCGCUGGUGUGUUUAA